GUGUAGUGCAGCUCAUCUGUUCUCUCAAUUUCUUUAUGUUUGGUUUCUCUCUACUCUCGAUUCUAUGCUCAGCGACGACGUCACCUCCGAAUCUAUCAGCCCGGACACCAAGAGCGAGCCCCCGAACACGAUUCCCAUGGACGAAACUCAAUUGGACUUCAACGCGCCCUCGCCUCGCACUCACGCACUCACCAGCGAAAUUUUCUUAACAAAGUCACACUCAGACAAGGAAAACCACGCGACGGAGACGGAACGAGACGCAGUAGACGAGAGAACGAACGUCGACGCUCUAGCAGCGAAUGAAUCAAUGAGUUGCGUGGGCGGUGGCCUCGACCAGGACUACGACAGCGCGUUUAUUGAAACCCCAGAGAACGCGAGCAUUAGCGAGCCGCCCAGUCUCGACGCCAUCGACCUCAGCCGCGACAGCAGCGCGGCGGGAAGCGAGCCGGGCACGCCAAACGACGCCGAGAAGGCAUCAACAGACGGAACGGACAUCGACAGUGUGAUUGUGACCAAGAGAAAGACGUGGUGGCGUUUCUGGAAGGGCAAGGAGGUGGAUGCGACGGCGCGGAAGGGUCACAGUCCGAGAGCCGAGCAGUUGGUGUCGACUACCGGGUUGCUGAUGGAGGCGCGUCCGGUCAGUUUGCCGGUGAAGUCGGAGAAGGAGGAGAGGAAGCAUCGAGCGGAGUACGAGCAGAUGAUACAGCAGGCGAAGAAGAAAGAGCAGCGAGAGUUAGAGAAGCAGAUAAAGCAAAGACGCGAGAAAUGCAAGAAGGAAGACGAGUUGGCGAAUAGCGUGAGUACAUGGAAGACGGACAUUCUACCAACGUGGGACACAAUGCGUAAUAAUAAAGCCGUGUUGGAUAUGUGGUGGCACGGACUCCCUCCCAGCAUUCGGGGAACCGUGUGGAAGAGAGCAAUCGGAAACGGGCUACAGAUAACGGAAGAUCUAUACGAGAUAUUUCUCUCGAGAGCGAGAGAGAAACUGAGAAUAAAGAAGUUGAAUAGAGAGUUCUCUACAGAAAUCGAAACGAGUCUAAGAGGAAUAGAUCACGAAAAGAGUGUGGAAGUCGUGCAUCUGGACGUGUCACGGACGUUUCCUCAACUUGGUAUAUUCCAAGAAGGUGGUCCAAUGUUUCAGUCGCUACACGACGUUCUAGAAGCAUAUGCUUGCUACCGACCGGACGUUGGAUAUGUUCAGGGCAUGUCGUUUCUGGCAGCUGUGCUGUUACUGAACAUGGACGUGUCCGACGCGUUUGUCUGUCUCGCCAAUCUUGUCUCGCGUCCAUGUCAUUUGGCCUUCUUUAGAGUCGACGAACAGAAGAUUUCGGCAUACUUCGAGGUGUUCAAAGUUUUCUUUAACCAAUAUUUCCCCAAGCUCUACGCUCACUUCGUAUCUCUCAAUCUCGCUCCCAACAUGUUUCUAUUAGACUGGAUCUGUACUCUAUACAGCCGGUCGUUGCCAUUAGACAUAGCGUGCAGGGUGUGGGACGUCUACUUUCGUGAUGGUGAUGAAUUUCUAUUCAAGACUGCUCUAGGUAUUCUCAGUUUAUUUCAUAGCCAAAUGCUCGAGAUGGAGUUCAUCGAUUUGGCUCGUUUUGUCACACGUAUCCCACAGACGGUCAACUCCGACGAGCUCUUCUCUCACAUAGCACGUGUCAACAUCACAACCAAGCGCUACGAGCAAGUACUGACUGCACAACUUGCUGUUCAACAGCAGCAACCGCCAAGUUGAGAUCACAAUUUUAUGUACAUACGAGAUCGUAGUCGUUCGAUGUUUAUUGAUAAAAUUUCUUAUUUUUUCACAUACCAAGCUAAUUGUCUGGAAAAUUUUGGUGGUUGUGAGAUUACUUCCACGUGUUGGUGUAGAAUGUAUUUGCUAUGUUGUGUGAUGAUCUCAUGUGUAUUGUAGGAUACGGAAGUGUAACCGA